GCUUAAUGUGUCGUGUAAAACCAACUAAAGUGACUUCCCAUCCACAACCCUAAACCAACCGCACUUUCUUAUAUUCUCUCUUCAUUUUCCCACUCUUCCUACUUAUAUAUCUUCUCGCCCACCUUUUUUUGGUGUGCUUAAUUGAUGACGAAGAAUUUACCGCCUCCAUAGCUGCUGGCUACUAAUAAUUAACAUCCAUGGAGGAUUCAGGAGCUGCUUCUAGUGAUGAUGUAAAAAGUAGUUGUCCUAGAGGACAUUGGAGGCCUGCUGAGGAUGAAAAACUCAGGCAACUUGUUGAACAGUAUGGUGCCCAAAACUGGAACUCUAUUGCAGAAAAGCUCCAAGGAAGAUCAGGGAAGAGCUGCAGAUUGAGGUGGUUUAAUCAACUUGACCCAAGAAUCAACAGAAGACCAUUUACAGAAGUAGAAGAAGAACGGCUUCUGGCUGCUCACCGUAUCCAUGGAAACAAAUGGGCACUAAUAGCUAGACUAUUUCCUGGUAGAACCGAUAAUGCAGUUAAGAAUCACUGGCAUGUUAUAAUGGCUAGAAAACAAAGAGAACAAUCCAAGCUAUGCGGAAAGAGAAGUUUUCAAGAUGGUCUUAGUGACUCCAAGCUAAGCUCAAGAAUUGGCUUUGGAGACUGUAAGUUUUUUGAAUUUCAAAACCCCAGCAAAGAUAGGAUUUUCUGUGUCUCAUCUUCAUCAACUUCUUCACCAUCUUGGACUUGUGCUUCAUCAACAAUGAUGGCUUCAAACAAUUCAUCUUCAGACAAAUUAUUACGAAGAGAUGGAAAAGAUUAUUUAUUGGCUUCUGGUUCUAGUUAUUACUCCAUGGACAGUUCAACAUUUUUAGAGCAAUCUCUUUAUAAAUAUCAUUCGAAUGCUUCAGCAUACUGUAGCCGCUUCAGAAAUUCCAGUACAUUUGGUCUACCAAAAUACAGGAGGGUUGUUCCUAGUCGUUUUGGCUACCUUAAACUUGGUGAUAAUUCUGAAAGUAAUAAUGGUGUGAUGAAGGAGGAGUUGAUGAGCUUCACUGAUAAUGCACCCAAGUUAGCAAAUAUUAGACUGAGUUCCUUGCAGCCAGAACAAGAGGAUGAAUCCAUCAAAACAAAGGGUGUUCCUUUCAUAGAUUUUCUUGGUGUUGGUAUUUCUUCUUGAUCAUCAAAAACCAUCUUAUUUAACUAUUUUUGACAGCAUGCAUAACAGCUUUAGCUUUGCUUUCAUAAUGCAUUAUUAAUUUUUAUAGUACUUAUUGAUUAUUAACAUGCAAAACUUAAGUCUUAAGCAGAAAAAAUAUGCUUAGAUUUCUAGCAGUUAGAAAAUUUUCUUCAAUACCCAAUAUUGUUUAAUAAGGAAUGGGGAAGUUUUCAGAUAAUAUUAAGUCAAUUUAUGAGUUUUAAUUUGUAGAUGAUUUUUGUUCUCCAGGCUAGUGUUCUCAAGAAUCCAAUUUUCUUUCCUUGUAAAUCCUUCACAGGUUCAAUAUCUCUUGUUGUCGCAUUUUAAUUUAAUGCAUCAAAGUGCUA